UUCCACUUCGGACACGCUUGACGUCCACGCUGUUUCUCCGAGCCCAACUUUUUAGCCCUAAAAAUGGGGAAAAGAAAGACGUGAGAGCCGCCUCCCUCUCUCGCUCUCUAGUCGCCUCCUCUCCCGUUUGCCACCAUGGCCUCACGCCGCCUCCUGUCCUCCCUGCUCCGCUCCUCCGCCCGCCGCUCACCAGCCCCCAGGUCCUCAGCCGCCGCCUGCCCCACCCCUAGGGCCGCCCCGCGCCCCUCCCCCGCUGGCUACCUCCUCUCCCGCGCUGUCGAAUACGCCACCUCCGCGGCGGCCCCGCAGCCUACUCCUCCCCCGGCCAAGACCCCUCCUGGCCCCAGCGGCAAGAUCACCGACGAGUUCACUGGCGCCGGUGCGAUCGGGAAGGUCUGCCAGGUGAUCGGGGCGGUCGUCGAUGUGAGGUUCAACGAGGGCCUGCCGCCGAUCCUGACGGCGCUGGAGGUCCUCGAUAACCAGAUCCGGCUGGUCCUUGAGGUCGCGCAGCAUUUAGGCGAGAACAUGGUGCGGACCAUCGCCAUGGAUGGCACCGAGGGGCUUGUCCGCGGUCAGAGGGUUCUCAACACCGGAUCUCCCAUCACCGUUCCUGUUGGCAGGGCGACUCUUGGUCGCAUCAUGAAUGUUAUUGGAGAACCAAUUGAUGAGAAGGGUGAAAUAAAUACCAACCACUUCCUUCCCAUCCAUCGUGAAGCACCAGCUUUUGUUGAACAGGCAACAGAACAGCAGAUUCUUGUUACUGGAAUUAAGGUCGUAGAUCUCCUGGCACCUUAUCAGAGGGGUGGAAAGAUCGGGCUGUUUGGUGGUGCUGGUGUGGGGAAGACUGUACUUAUCAUGGAACUGAUCAAUAAUGUUGCAAAGGCUCAUGGUGGUUUUUCUGUCUUUGCUGGUGUGGGUGAGCGAACUCGUGAGGGUAAUGACUUAUACAGGGAAAUGAUUGAGAGUGGUGUCAUCAAGCUUGGGGACAAACAGGAUGAGAGCAAAUGUGCUCUUGUUUAUGGCCAAAUGAAUGAGCCCCCUGGUGCUCGUGCACGUGUUGGCUUGACCGGGCUGACAGUUGCUGAGCACUUCCGAGAUGCUGAAGGACAAGAUGUGCUUCUAUUUAUUGACAACAUUUUCCGGUUCACUCAAGCAAACUCAGAAGUGUCUGCGUUACUUGGUCGUAUUCCAUCUGCUGUCGGUUAUCAACCAACGCUUGCUACUGAUCUUGGAGGGCUGCAAGAGCGUAUCACAACAACAAAGAAAGGUUCCAUCACCUCAGUGCAAGCUAUUUAUGUGCCUGCUGAUGACUUGACAGAUCCUGCUCCAGCAACCACCUUUGCCCAUCUUGAUGCUACAACUGUGUUGUCACGACAGAUUUCUGAGCUUGGUAUCUACCCUGCUGUUGAUCCUCUUGAUUCUACAUCAAGGAUGCUUUCACCACAUGUGUUAGGGGAGGAACACUACAACACUGCUCGUGGUGUUCAAAAGGUUCUUCAAAACUACAAGAAUCUCCAAGAUAUUAUUGCAAUUCUUGGAAUGGAUGAGCUCAGCGAAGAUGAUAAGUUGACUGUAGCUCGUGCUCGAAAGAUCCAGCGGUUCCUGAGCCAGCCUUUCCAUGUUGCUGAAGUGUUCACUGGUGCACCUGGAAAAUAUGUGGAAUUGAAAGAGAGUGUGAACAGCUUUCAGGGUGUUUUGGAUGGAAAAUAUGAUGAUUUACCCGAGCAGUCAUUUUACAUGGUUGGAGGCAUUGAGGAAGUCAUCGCCAAGGCUGAGAAGAUCGCCAAGGAGUCUGCUGCAUGAUCGAAAUUUAUGUCCUGUAAUAAUAAUGUGUGGGAUGCAGCUGUUUGGUGCCUGCAUCCAAGAAAAGAUUCAUUUUUGAAGUCAGCAGUUUAUCUGUUUAUGAUCUGUGAUUUUUCUGAUAGAAGUGCGUGUAUGCUCUAGGGAUCUCUUCGGCCCAAUAAGUAAACCUGGAGAGCUGUUUCUUUCUUGCAUCAAGAUACAUGCAUCUGAAGCUGUAACCAAACUGUGUUUCGGGUUGAUCAAAUCUCUUUAUAA